AUGGCCAAGAGGGAGCGCAGCCCGACUGGCUACGGCCCGCAGCCGGAAGAAGCAAUUCCAUCACCAAGCAGGCCGGGCAUUCUGACAGUCGUACUUCACGAAGGAACCGGCCUCUCAAUACCAGGCAGCUACAAGGAAGACCAGAGGCCUGAUCAACAAGGGCUGAGCAAGCGCAACACGCCGUACGCAGUUCUCGACUACGACAGGUCUCAGCAACAGGCGGAUUCAGACGAAGGGACGGCAGAAGAUCCGGUCUGGGUGUCAGACAUUGUGCCAUGGCGGCUUGAUGAAGUCACCGGAGAGUACCGCGACGCGAACUGGAAAUUCGACGUAUGUCGUCCUGCUGAGCUGGCCAUCCAUCUCUAUCUCCGGGAUCCGCAUGCGUCUCCUUGUGUGAGAAGCCAAGACGCCUGUAUCGGCGUGGCGCGGAUUCCGAUAGAUGUCGCUCAGGCAUCGGCGUCAGAAGAGACACCAUCACAAUGGGUUGAUGUGGAGGGUGGCACGGGCCGGCUACGCGUCAGCAUUAAAUACGACGACACGAAGGACAAAACGUUGGAGGCGGCCGAUUUCAUCGAACAAUCCAAGAUCCAGAAGGGCAACUCAGGAUACACUGCUCGGGUCAUCAAGAAAGACACGCGUCAAAGAUACACCACAAGGACGAUUCCAGCUGUUCGACGGCCCCAGAAUGCCGACCAUCCAUUCAUCGCGCCGCUCACGCUUGUCUUCCAGUCACAAGAAGGCUUGCACCUCUUGUCUCCGACCAUGUGCGGCGGAUACCUCUUCCAACACCUGCAGAAUCAGCGAGUCUUCAGUCUCAAGAGAGCCCGGAUCUAUGCCGCCGAGAUUCUUUGCGCACUGGAGUAUCUGCACGAGAGUCGCGGCAUCUACUCGUGGCUGAAGCCUCGAAACGUCCUUCUAGACUCUCUGGGACAUGUCGUACUCUGUGGCUCCGGCCUCUACGAUCCAGGUGUAGAGGAUGAUGGCCGUGGUGGCUACGGAUUGCCUGAAUAUCCAGCCCCCGAAAUACUCCGCGAUCAAAACCGAUCUGGAGCGGCCGACUGGUGGACGCUGGGUAUCUUCAUCUACGAGAUGCUGACAGGGCUACCGCCAUUCUUUCACGAGAACGCCGACGAGAUACGCCGACAAAUACUCAGCUCCGAUUCAAUUCAAUUUCCAGAUGACCUUCCACCUGAUGCUAGAGAUGUCAUCGCGAAGCUCCUCGACCGCAAGCCUGAUUUUCGUCUUGGAGCUAGAGGGGGGGCAUCGGAAGUCAAAGAGCACCCCUUUUUUGCUGACAUCGAUUGUGGUAAACUCAAGCAACGGGAAUAUACGCCCUCCUUUAAGCCA